AUCACAGCAUGUUGCACAGUGUGGCUUCAUGCCCCUUGGGAGCCUUGCUCUUUUCCAAAACAGCCAGAGGGGCAAAGAAUGACGAAUCUGUUGGGAGUUCAGGGAUGUGUCAACAGCAGCCUGCUGUGUGUGAUCUGUGUAUGACUGGCACAGCAUGUCCCUGCAUCAGAGAGGUGAGCCGUAUGUCCAGGUGAGCUGGAGGAGUAUUCAAUAUGUCUGGAUUUCAGCCACCUCCUGAUCCCCCACCACUUCCAGAGGAAAAACCCCCCAAAGAGCUGAGUCCGGAUGUAGAGUCUCUAGUGCAGCCUGUGACCAGUAUAUGGCCACGUCGAGACUGGCUGAGAUUUGCACCUCUAUGGAUUUUCGUCAUAAUUAUUGUAGCAGCCGGAAUGACAUGGUUCCUCCUAGAGGUGGAUUUCAAGCCAGAGCUGAGAACUAAUAAAGUCUACGCCUGUCAACUGCGCAUAAUCAACUAUGAACUCACCAGAGACCUCACAAACCCGGAGAGCAACUCAUUCAAAAAAGAAGCCACACAUCUGGAAAAACUGGUCACUGGUCUUGUCUUGGCCUCUGAACUGGCUGUCUAUUACAAUACAAGCAAAGUUUAUGCUUUUGGGAAAGGUUUGACAUUCUUCUUCUGGGUAAUCUUGGAUGUCUCUAAUUCGAACAAUAAAUAUGUCACAACGUCCACUGUAGGAACAGCACUUUAUCGUGUUCUGGCCUCCAAGGGUAACAACUCAAAAGCCUACAUAUUUGACCAGUACCACGUGGACCAACACUCACUAAAUAUAUAUGAGGCCAGUUUACAGAACAUGCAGCUGUUUUCUUCUAGUACUGCCUGCUAUAGGUACAGUUUUGUGCAUCCUGGGAAAGAAGUACGCCUCUCAAGCCCUGAUUACACCUCUACCUCCUGCAUAUGGCAUCUACAAGGCCCUCCAACCUACUUGCUGCAACUGCGGCUCAAAUGGAUGAAACCUGAUUGUAGAGAUCUACUGGUCAUGUACGAUACACCUGCCCCAAUUGAUGAGAAGGUCAUCACCCUGUAUUAUGGCUGCAGUGGGCAGGAGCCGUUGUCUGAAGUGCUGUCUUCUGGGAGUUCAAUGCUGGUUGUCUGGAAGCAGGGAACAUACAGCUAUUAUGACCCAUUCAUACUUACAGCACAGUCUGUGCCCAGCAAAAGCUGUGAAGAAAAUAUAGUACUUAAUGAGGGCUUCCAUGUCCAAGGCCACCUGCAGACACCCUACUAUCCCAGUUAUUUCCCACCAUUUUCAACGUGCACCUGGAAUAUUACAGUCCCAUCUAAUAAAUAUGGAGUCGCUCUGAGGUUUGAAGGCUAUUUGUUGGUCGGACAAUAUACAUAUGCUCCGUGUCUUCAGGGACAGUGGAUCAUCCACAACCGAAGGCUCUGUGGGUUACGUACGCUUAGAUCAUACACUGCAAGGAUCGAAGGGAAGUCGAAUAACAUUGCAAUAAAAUUUUCCUGUCAUGGAUCACAAACUGGCCCAGGAAUACAGGCAUCCUACAGCCUCUACAAUCUAACAGACCCUUGUCCUGGGGAGUACCUGUGCGAAAUUGAUGGUAUGUGUGUUCCAUUAUGCGAUGGUAUCAAGGAUUGUCCAAAUGGGCUGGAUGAGAGAAACUGUGUGUGUCCUGCCAGUUAUGAAUGCUCAGAUGGGGAAUGUAUUAAUUCUACUGAGAUAUGUAAUGGAAUUAAGGACUGUAUUAAUGGCACAGAUGAACAGCAGUGUAACCAAGCUGUUCCCUGUGGUGCCUUCAACUAUAAAUGUGCAGACGGGACCUGUGUGAAGAAGGUUAACCCUGAGUGUGACUCAGUUAGGGACUGUCGUGAUGGUUCUGAUGAAAAGAAUUGCAAUUGUGGUGUUCAAGGACUUCAAAAUCGCAUUGUUGGAGGAACCCAGGCUCUAGAAGGAGAAUGGCCUUGGCAAGCCAGUCUACAGAUGCAUGGAGAACACAAAUGUGGCGGGACCUUGGUGGCUGAUAAGUGGAUUCUGACUGCGGCUCACUGCUUUGCAACGAACGGAUACUCUAUUGCUGAGGCCUGGACAGUGAUCCUGGGGAAGUUGGAUCUAAAACAAAGCAGUAACCAGAAGGAGAUGGCUUUCAAAUUCACACAGUUAAUCCCUCAUCCAUAUUAUGAUAUUGAUACACAAGAUUAUGAUAUUGCACUCGCAGAGCUUGACCACCCUGUGCCUCUUACGUCUCCCCAUGUGCAACCCAUUUGUGUUCCUGCCAGUACCCACCAUUUUCCUGUUGGUUCCACUUGCUGGGUCACAGGUUGGGGAGCAGCUGUUGAAAAGGGUCCAACCAUAGACAUUCUCCAAAAAGUGGACCUGAAUAUAAUCUCUGAAGAUCUCUGCAGUGAAAUUUACAACUAUCGGAUUACUCCUAGAAUGUUUUGUGCUGGGGAGCCUGAUGGGACUAAAGAUGCAUGCACUGGUGACUCUGGCAGUCCACUUGUUUGCCAAGAACCUGGAGGGCGAUGGUUUGUAGCAGGGGUGGUGAGUUGGGGGCUUGGUUGUGCAAGACCCAACCAUUUUGGAAUAUAUACCAGAAUAACUAGAAUUGUUGGAUGGAUUCACAAUGUCACGGCCCAAUAACAAAAUUAAAUGCAAUGAAUACCUUCGAUACCAACCUGGCUCAUGGUACAAUUAUCUAAAGAAAGGAACUGAAGAUAAUCAAAGAAGAGAGGCAAUUAGUUUCCAGAAUUUGCUAUUAUAAAUGAAUUUAUUUAUUAUCAAAAAGUUCUUUGCUUUAAAGAAAACAAUAAAAUAAUGUACCAUAUACAUAUGAUGUAGUAAAGGAAUUGAAAAUUGAAAGAAUGUGGCAUAACAAACCAGUGAUCUCCCGGCAAAUAUUUUAUUGCUACUAAAUUGUCUAUUAAAAUUGUAUUACACAAAA